AGCCUGCCGUCACCAUGACGUCGGAGCUGGAGAGCAGCCUGACCUCCAUGGACUGGCUCCCUCAGCUGACCAUGCAGGCGGCCAUCCGCAAGACGGACGCCCAGAAUGCCCACGGGCCCGGCAUGGGCAAGAAGAGCACCUUACUGGAUCACACCACCACGCUGGAUCAGGAGGAGGUGCAGCAGCACAAGGACGGCAAGCCUCCGUACAGCUACGCCAGCCUCAUCACGUUCGCCAUCAACAGCUCGCCAAAGAAGAAGAUGACGCUGAGCGAGAUCUACCAGUGGAUCUGUGAUAACUUCCCCUACUACAGGGAGGCAGGCAGCGGCUGGAAGAACUCAAUACGGCACAAUCUGUCGCUAAACAAAUGUUUUCUCAAAGUGCCUCGCUCCAAAGAUGACCCUGGAAAGGGCUCCUACUGGGCCAUUGACACCAACCCGAAGGAGGACGCUUUGCCGACUCGGCCAAAGAAGAGGCCACGGUCUGGAGAGCGGGCUUCCACACCAUACAGCCUGGAUUCAGAGUCUUUGGGGAUGGACUGUAUGAUCUCUGGAAGUGCCUCUCCAACGCUGGCAAUCAACACUGUGACUAACAAGGUGGCGUUGUACAACACAGACCAGGAAGGUAGCGAUAGUCCGAGAAGCAGCCUUAACAACAGCCUGUCUGAUCAGAGUCUAGCCUCUGUCAAUCUCAACAGUGUGGGCAGYGUUCACAGCUACACACCGGUGACCAGUCAUCCGGAGCCCGUGUCCCAGUCGAUGAGCCUGCAGCAGCCCCCCCAGUCCCAGUACAGCAUGCCAGACAGGGAAAAGCAGCUCCCGUUCUCAGACUUCGAAGAUCUCAGUGCCUCCUUCCGCAGCCUUUACAAGUCUGUUUUUGAGCAGUCCUUCAGCCAACAAGGUCUGAUGGGCAUGCCGUCGGAUAACUCCCAGCAGACCCACACCUCCUGCUCCUAUCAGCACUCCCCCAGUGGCACCAUCAACACUCAGAACAGCCUGUCAAACAACCAGCCCAACAACCACCACAACAACCACCCCGCCAACAGCGGCCAGGUUCCCCUGUCCCACCCGACCCAGGCCCACCCGGGCCACGGCUCGCCCCACGCCCAGCACCUCACGCAGCACAACCAACACGGCCAGCACCCUCAGCACCCGCAGCACGCCGCGCACUCCCAGCACGGCCAGCACCCGACCCACAGCCAGCACCCGCAGCAGCAGCACACGGCGCACCCGGCCCAGCACACGCAGCACAACCAGCACCCCUCCCAACACGGACAGCAGCACCAGAGCCUCUCCCACCCGCAACAGAUGGCCUGCAACACAGGUUUACGGUCCGAGUGGUACCCGAAUCUGGAUGCCCUGAAAGAAAGCUGUCGUAUUGCCAGCAGCUACAACUGGGCUGAUGUCGACCUUUCUCCUUUCCAAGGUUUAAGAGAAAGCAUGAGACAGGCCGAGCUGAACAAUUGGUGCCUUGAACCCACCCAGAUCGCGGACCUCUGCUCGUCCAUCAACCAGUUCUUUGCUCGCACCGGCGUCAUUCAGCAGCAGGGGGCGGUACAGAGCCCUGUGUGUCACGGCGCCAUGCACACCAACAAACCCGGCCAGCACCUCAACACAGGAAACCUCUACAUGGACACAAGACAGAGUAUGCCCCCCAUGAUGGGUCCCCCCGGAUACCCGCACAUGCCCCCCAUGAGCAACACGGGACCCACAAUGACAGGACACCAUGCACAGAUGAACCAGCAGCACAUGAUACCUUCCAGGACCUUCCAGAUGCAUCGCAUGCAAGCCGACGACAUCCAGGACGACUUCGACUGGGACUCCAUCGUCUAGCCGCUCCACUUCCCCGUCAAAGCAAGUCCAAGCCGAUCGAGGAGGGGGGGGGGGGCGAAGCCCGGAGGAGGCCAGGCUGAGCCGACGAGGCCGCAGGUUGUGUGAUGCAGAGGAACGUUUGACACGGCGAAAAGCCCCACAGACUUCAGAGUCCUGACACGGCGAACCAUAACCAGAAAACGUUGUUACUUUGAAGACAAUCAUGUUCAGCCAGACCUGCUCUCGUCUGGAGACGAGUGGAGCUCAUUGACGGUGAACCUCCUCAGCCAGCCCCCUCCUCUUACCCAGACCAUCCUCUUCCUGCCACCUCCCCCCCCCCACCCGACCCCUGACCCCUCUGCUCCUUAACUGUCAUGUGAUUUGAGCGACGUGUUCAGCUUGUAAUUCUUCUCGUGUCGACAUAGGCCUCAGCUGCCUCUAAGAUGAAGUUCUCUCUCUCCAACUUUCUCUCCCCUCUGUUUAAUUUUUUGUGUUUAUAUGAUAUUUUUGUCUCUUUGUUUUUAUUUUUUUUUUUAAGAAAACACAGGCCGUCUGUCUCUGUGAGUAACGUGAUGGUGCUCGUUGGUCGCUUCUGGGAAAAACAGGUUUACAAAUGUUUAAAAUCUGAACAGGGUGUUUUUAUUUUGUUUGUUUGUUUUUAUCCCCACUGGUUUGAUUUUAUUUUAUGUUGGGGGUUUUUUAACCCAGGAGUCGAGCCAGAGAGGGAUCCCACAGGGCGCUGUGAUCGGCUCUCUGUGUGUCAUGGGAGAACAGASACUCUCAUUGUUCACUCUUAAACACUUAAAGAUGAAUGAAUUGUGACAUUGAGGAGAUAAAAUCAGGAGUGUGGAAACAGACCUUUGAAUUGAAUCUGUCUUGUGAAGUUUAGAGUUGUUUAGAUUUGUGACGGAAACUGUAGCACCUUUAGAAAUUCAACCAAACUCGAACUGUUUCAGUCUCUAUUGUUCACUAACUAAGAUGCUACCGCUCAAAAAACGAUAAGAUUGGAAUCACGAUACAUCUGAGUUUUAUUUGGAUGAAGAUUCAAGGAUUUUUUUAUUGUCAUACCACUUCUGCUCGUUUGUGGUACGAAAUUUGGACUCGGGUCCCAGAUUAAGACAUUUAAUACACAGAUAGAUGAAUAAUAAAGAUCAGUCUGAACCUCGUUAACAUCUCAGUUAUUCAGCCACAGAAACGUCUGAAACUCCACCACAGAUCCCAAAUAAUAAAUAUAUAAAUAAAUAGAGCAACAUCUGCAAGAAAACAUAAAGAGAGAAAAAAUGAUUCAGGGAAAAAAAAUACUUAAAUGAGAUUUUAUGUAAUGAUCAAUAGGGCUUAGUCUGAUUAAUCAUGACUCCAUUAUUGAAAUAAUUAACUAAUUUAGUAAUUGAUUGAUCAUUAACUCGAGUACACAGAAGGCAAAGCAGUAAUUAAGCCAAAACUGUAUUAAAAAUACACAUUUUGCAUUUAAGAUUAAAAAAUAUUUUUCUGUAAAUAUAUUCUCCAUAAGUGGUAGAUUGAUCUUAAUCUGGUUCAAAUUAUGUAAAAACUCAGAUUAAGCACCAAUUAUUAAUCGGUUAAUCAAAAAAUAAUCAGCAGAUGUUGAUAGAAACUUUUCACAUUAAGUGUUGAACUUCAGAUUCAUCCUUUGCUACAAAUGAUUCGUUAAUGAAGCUACUAUUGCUUUUUAAGCAAUAAUGAUUAUUUUCUAAUUUAAAAAAGGAACUGCAUUCUUUAUUUGCAUCUUUUUAUGCUUAGAUGAAAAAUCUGCAGAAUGUGGCCAUUUUUUUAUCCGAUUUAUUCAACAGAACAAUUGAUUACUGAAAUAAUUGUUAGUUUUAGCCCUAAUGAUCAAUAACAAAGCGUCUGUUUGUGAACAUUAGAGACCUUUUGAUGCUCCCUGCAGAGUCCGAUGCGAUCAGGACGGGAUAAAAUUCACGUGUCGGUGGAAACAGACGAGGCAUUUGUGGGAGUUUGUUGUCGUUUUUCUUUAAAUUGUGAUUUUAGGGCUCCGAUUGUUGGCUGCACUCACCUCUGCUCUGUGUGAGCGUGAAGCACAUGGCGAAGGAGGGCAGGCGGCUCACGCAGGCAGACCCAGGAGGUUUUCUCAAGCACAGAGCAGUGGAGCGACCCGGUGGUUCUCCAGAACCGGCUCCACGGUCAGAACCGCUGCUGGCCUGAAGAGACACUAUGGUCAGAGGAGGAUGAGCCCUUUGCACAUGAGUUCCUUUUGUUUACUUGGCCUCCAGACGCAAAGCCGAUCCCRUUUCGUCCCGCAGCGGCCGCUCCGAUUGGCCGCUUUCCUGCGCCGCGUCGGGUUCUACCGUUCUGGUGCUUCUUCAGCUGCAACACUGUGUCUCUGUUUGAAGGAGUAGCACAAUGUUUCUGGGAUUAUAUUCAGGCUUUUUAAUCUGGGAGUUGAAAGAUUAACAAAGYGGUCAGCAGAGUUUAGCGUAAAGACUGACAGCURUUGUCCAGAUUAGAGGUGCACCGAUUUAUCGGAGCCGAUUUCAUUGCACUUUACCGACUCGUCCACUUUCUUCCUCUGUUCAGCAACAUUUCAGACAAAAUAAAUCGGUAUCGGCCAAAAUCGGCAGUUCGGGUUUUUUACAGAUCGGUAAUCCACGAUCGGCCUAAAAACURCAAUCGGUGCACCCCUACUCUAAAUAACCUGCAAGAUUUAAUCUGAUUAGGUUUAUUCUCAGUUUAAAGGACUGAGAAUAAAUAAAUAAAACAAACCUGGUUCAUGUUUGGUGAUAAAUUUAAUUUUAUAAAGUGAAGGGKAUUAUUUUCAUAUCAGAUUUUAGUAAAUGGCACAUAGAAACGUUUACCCCAACCUGCAUAGAUUAUUAUUUUAUUCAGUUGUGAAGAUGCACUGAGGAG